UUAGAGUCAGUCAUAAAUCUGCACUCAUACAGCUCACUACUCCAGGCUUAGAGUGUAGAUAAGGCAGUGCAGGUAUUCUUAUGCACUCACUUUGACCAGAAGUGAUUCUGUGAAGGGUGUGGGCUUCCAGAGUAAACAGAGGUCAGCCUUCCAGCCCUGGUAAUGUACAUACACUGCUCCAUUUCCACACCACUUUGUAUUCCUUAUGCAGUAAGAACCUCUAUCUGCUUCAGUAAAAAGAUCCAGUUCCUGACCAGACUUUCUGCAUUCAUUCAGUAAUGCUACAUGGUUGUUUCGAAAGACAAGUAUUAAACAGAGACAUACUGGGAUCCAGCGCAGGAUACAGGGAGAAGUCACCAGAUAUUCACCAUGGAGAGAAUGUCCUUGAAGGAGAGGAUGGGGGCACAGCUGAUGAAGGAGCUGAACCUGAACCCUAAAACGCCAAAAACCACAAAAAAAGCAGUCAAGGGAUUCACUGACUUUAUACAGAACAUGGAGACAGAGGAGACCAACAGUUACAAUAAUGAAGAAAUGUUGCUGGAGCUAGAGAAGGAGUACAUUGAAGCAGCAAAGAUAAAUGAUGUAAAGACCAUGAAGAUUCUGGGAAGGGCAGUCAAGGUUGACGCAAAGAACUUGCAUGAUCGCACUGCCCUGCACUAUGCAGUUGCUGGAAAAAACAUAGAGGCCGUCCAAGUCCUUCUCCAGCGCAGAGCAAACAUCAAUCAAGAGGACAAGCAUGGAGUGACAGCCAUCCACCUGGCUGCCUGGUUUGGGAGUCUGCCCAUCCUGAAGUUGCUUGUGCAGGGUGGUGCUGAUCAGAAGGUUGAGAAUGCGCUGGGAAUGAACAUCAUGCACUGUGCUGCCAUCAACAACCACACUGACAUAAUGACAUUCAUCAUCUACGACCUGAUGAUGAAAGAGCUGGACAAAGAGGACCUGUCUGGACGCAGAGCGUUUGCUUUGGCAGCAGAGCAUGGCUCUGUGGAGAUGCUGCAGAUGUUGAUGGAGGAGGCAUACAAUAUGGCCACCAUGGAGGAAGACCAGAAUAGGAACACACCUCUGCAUUUGGCUGCCGGCAAUGGCCACUUGGAUGUCGUCCAGCUACUGCUGAAGAGCUUUGAAACUCGCAAUGAAGUCAAUACGGCUGGGGAGACGGCUCUAUACCUGGCUGCUAGCGCUGCCCAUGAGGACUGCGUCCAGGCUCUGUUGGAGGCAGGCUGUGACCCAAACAUUGUCACCAUGGACCAAAGCAGUGCUCUACACCCUGUCUCAGAGAAGGGCCACACAUCGUUGGUGAGACUCCUCAUAGAGAACUCGGCCCAGCUGGACUUACAAAACCAGCACCUCCAGGCUCCUCUCUACCUGGCAGUGAAGAACUGUCACAUCCCUGUCAUCCACACACUGCUCGAGGCUGGCUGCAACAUCAACGUCACUGAUCACAGGUCCCAGACUGUCCUGCAUGUCGCUGCAGAGCUGGCCAGAGUGGACAUUGUUGAGAUGCUUCUGAAAGCUGGGAUGAACCUAGUCCUCCAAGAUAAGCAGGGUAAGACAGCACUGGGUGUGGCAGCCCGAGCAGACGAGGUCGUCAUCGUUGACAUGAUCAUCAAGGCAGAGAGAUAUUUGACAUGGAGGAUGGCCAACACUGAGCUUAAUGAGAACCUUCACAGCCAGACUCCGCUGACGUUUAAAUUAGACCACCGCACGGAGAGCAAACAGACCCGCAGCACUGCCUGGCACCUGGCCUACCGCCUGCUGAAGCCAGGUGACUGGAAGAGGCUGGCGCUGCACUGGCAUUUCACUGAGCAGCAGGUGGCUGCCAUCGAGGAGCAGUGGACAGGGCAGCAGAGCUACCAGGAACAUGGGAACAGGAUGCUGUUGAUCUGGCUUCAUGGGGUAGAGCUGGCCCAAAGGAGUCCUGCUAAAGAGCUGUACCAGGGCCUGCUUGCCAUAGGCAACAAGACUAUAGCAGAUAAAAUACGAAUGGACACAGAGGAAGGAGACAUGAAGAAAUGCAUCCUUUCAUAAAGGCUCUGGAUCUCAGCCUGGGCCGCAUCCACAGCUGCCACGUGCUACUCACCGGGAGAGGGAUUAAUUAAUGUAUCAUCGUUGUUAAACGUACCGUAAUUAAAAUUCUAAGGUAACAUUGUGGAAAACAUGAGGCUAGAUUGUUACUGAGGAAUAAAGAUUAAAAGGGAAGCAUGUUUCAAAUCACUAACUCUGAACUGACCACAGUCUGCAAUGUCUAUGCUCCAUUCCCUCUCUUCUCUCACUCACAUUAAUAACCAUCUCUCCCUCACUGUGCUAGGCCUGUGUUCUGCUCUAGCCGAUUCAAAUCCUCUCUUCCAUUCCAAUACCCCCUCCCUCCAUUUCUGCUAGGACUGCUCUACUACAUGUCUAUGGCUCAAUCACUACUCUAGCUCCUCUCUUUCACUGGGCUUUCAGCCUCCAUCAAUUACAUGUUUAGUCAAUCAAGCUCACUCACUGUGAUUGAUGAAUAACUGCUGCACUAAAGCAAUGUUAUUAACCUCUCCACAAAACCUGGUUUACAGACAAACCUUCAAAAAUGUGUAUUUGCCAUUUAAAAAGCUGUCAGGUCUGCAGAACUCUGCAAUAUGGCGAGUGACAACUAUUUAUAUAAGACCAUGUUUAUUCAGUCUCUGUUGUCCAGUUAGUGUAGCUAGCUACUGUUCUGUGCUCAUGUGAAACUCUGGGUAAAUUGUCUUAUUUUAGUACAGAACACCCAACAAAAACUAAUUCACAUUUCAGUGUGUUAGAAUUACAUAUGAUUUCUGUUUCCACCUCCCCUGGACGAGGGCAUGCCAGCCUGCCCACACCUUCCUCUUCAGCUGCAGACUGUAGUGCUGCUCUGCCAGCCGGGCACUGUGGGCCUGGAGAGAAGGGAGGGGACACGGGGGAAAGCAGGAUAGACCAGGGACAGAGGGAGAAAUGUUUAGAAAGACUCAACUACGCAGGAUUCAAACCCACAAAUGAACAAGAAACAACUUUGAUUUUCUA